AUCUCAAUGAACCUGCUCUUUCAGGGAGACUCACCCCAACCGGGUCUGUGUGGUUGCUGGGAGGCUUUUUUGGAGGAGGCCUGCGGGGUGUUCUACCCUUUCUGAAGGAAAAAACAACAAUGUUAGCCAUGUAUGACGGUGGCAGCGUUGCACCCGGAAGCUGGUGAGAAAAGCACCAAUCAAACCGAUAGAAAGGCGAAGUAGCGGAGUCACGUGUGCUACAGCCAGCGUUAUGCAAACAGAAAACUUGCGGCUGUUUUCAGGCUGUACGACUGAGCAGUGACCAAACAGGUAGAAAAAAAUGAGAACCAAGCCGACAAAGUCCUCUGAACCAAAGAGUAAAGUGAAGAAAAGACCUCAAUCUGGUGCUACGCUCUCCAAAAAACUUGCAGCUAAGAGAGAUGGAGAAUCAUCAAAAGCAUGGCCUCCCGUGAAGUCUAUAGGAGUCAAGAAGAGAGGUGGACAUGGGAGCAUCCUGCAUUACAUUUACAGGAGCACUCUGGGUCAGAGUCUGCACUCACAGAUGAGACAGUGUCUUCAGGAGCCUUUCGUUCGCUCCCUGCAGUCAUACCAUUUCCACGCUGCUUCCAGUCCCUUCGACCGCAGAAUCACGUGUCUGGAGUGGCAUCCCACUCACCCCACCACUCUGGCUGUGGCCUCCAAGGGAGGAGACAUUUACCUGCGUGACUUUGAGAUGCCCACAGAGAAAACCUUUAUUCAAGGGAACGGAGCGGGAGACUUUGUCGGAGGGAUGAAGUUUUGCCCCACGGACUUUUCCAAAGUCUACGUGGCUUCUGGCGAGGGCACACUGACCCUGCAGAGCUUUGAGGGAAACGCAUCCACCGUGCUGUCCAGAACUCCAGACUGUGGCCACGACAACCACAACGUUUGUUACUGGUACUGCUGUGUCGACGUGUCCGUGAGCCGACAGAUGCUUGUGACGGGCGACAACAUGGGGCAGCUCGUACUUCUGGGUUUGGACGGACAAAAGAUUUUUAGCAACAAGUUGCACAAGGCCAAGGUGACCCACGCGGAGUUCAACUCCAGAUGUGACUGGCUGCUGGCGACGGCCUCGGUCGACCGCACGGUGAAGCUCUGGGACCUGAGGAACAUCAAGGACAAGAGCAGCUUCCUGCACGACAUGCCUCACGAGAAACCUGUCAACUCAGCCUACUUCAACCCUCUGGACUGCUCCAAGCUGCUCACCACAGAUCAGCAGGACCAGAUCCGCGUCUACUCGUCUCCUGACUGGUCGAAGCCGCAACAAAUCAUCUGUCACCCGCACAGACAGUUUCAGCACCUCACACCCAUCAAGGCCACGUGGCAUCCUGUGUAUGACCUGAUUGUGGCUGGUCGCUACCCCGAUGACCGCAUUCGUUCUUGCGAUCAGAGGACCAUUGACAUCUAUGACUCCAACACGGCGGAGCUCGUGUGUCAGCUGUACGAUCCCUCUGUGUCAGGGAUCAAAUCUAUCAACAAGUUCAAUCCGAUGGGCAACAUGAUCGGCUCCGGGAUGGGUGUGACGGUGCUGGUCUGGGACCACAGCGAGUCGUUGGUUAGCGAGCAGCACAAACUGCAGGAGGAGUCCUCGGCCUCUGUGGGCAGUUUGCGGGGGCAGCGGAGGAGCCAGCAGCGCUCCGGCCGGGACCGGAGGGCCGGACCCGCUGUGGAUGCGAAGCUGAAAAAGAAGCUGGCUUCCCUGGAAGAAACUGAGACCAAAACCAAGUACGGCUGUACUAAACAAAAACAGGCGCAGAAGAGGCGGAAGUGAGCUGUGGAAAAGUCAGGGUCCUAGAAAUCAACGUGUAAAUAUUUCUUUGUUGCUGUUUGUCUCUCUUCAGGGAUCGUUUACAGGUUAAAAAGUGUCUUUGAUAUUCUUUUAUAAACUUGCUGUUUUUCUACGAUUUGACAAUAAAAAUGUUCUUUUGUA